AUGGCGUUCCGUGUCCCUCCCCAGGCUCCUCGAAGAAGAACCUCGUACUCGAACCCGCAACCCCCUCCUCUCAAUAUAAUACCAUCUACCCCAGAACAACAAGAUGACGAUACAACACAAUGGGUGCUGUUUUCUCCGACCGCUCAUACACACACAACCUCCACCGACCGUACACAAACCGCAGGAGCCUCUCGACUUAGUGAUUUUGGUUCAUUUGGUACUGCAACUCGAUCCGCGGCUGGUCCCGAGGGUGAUCUGGCAGACGAGGAAGCUUUAGAAGAUCAGUUGGACGAAGAUGGUACCGAGUUGGAUAGCUUGGAUGAUGGGCUGCAUGCGUUCCGCGCUCCGUCAUUGCCCCCCACAUCCCCCGCACGGGUGGAUCAAGGACCAUCACCCUUACUCCCAGCCCAUGAUGGCUUAGGAAGUUUCCAAGCGUCGAGUCAGCUAGCUCAGGAACAGCUCUGGCAGCAUGAACAGUACAAUCCUCAACGGCGCCAGUAUGCCUCUCCCCAGUCUCGUCGGCAGACAAGCGUCCAACGACAUUUGGAUACUGUUGACGAAGGAGAGGCAAACGUCGAGCGGGACCGCUGGCAGCGAAUCGAGCAGUGGAGGAUGGAUCAAAGUCGAGCAUUGUUGCACGAGAUUGAACGCCAAACUCGACGGCGAAGUAGUCGUGCCAGCGGGUCAAGCAUUCAUGAUGCCAUCGAGCAAAUAUCAUCUGCUCGUAUUACAGGAACAUUACCAGAGGCGGCACUUGAAGCAAAUGGUGACUCUGAGGCAGUUCCAGAGACAGAAGAGACAUUCUGGCGUCGUCUAACUCGCAAGGUCAUUCGGGAUUUGAUCGGCAUCGAUGAUUCCUUGCUCUCUGUUAUCUUUGGCGAGUCGUUACCAGAGGGCCAAGGCUUUCCGGAAGAGUCUGGAGAGCUCAACAUGGAGACUGUUCUGGCCCGAGAACCAGAUACAGACCAGUCAGACUCAUCCAUGUGGCAGAGCCAUGUACUGCAACGCAUCGCGCAUGAGCUUGGGGUUCUAGUACACCAACUGUGUGAACACCCAGGCGCAUUUUCAACAUACUAUCAAAUGACCAAAGAUAUCACGAAUGAAUAUGCAGGCAUGUCCAUCGACCGCCUGGCUGAAAGUGGGCUCUCCCAUAAGCCCACCGAACCUACAGAAUCAGCCUCCGCCAAUACCGACAUCGAAAACUCCAUGCCAUCACCACAAUUCAUCCCUACCCUUCGUGAAUCAAAUAGAGAGCAUGAGGCGCAAUGGGGCAUUGAAGAGGAUGACCCUUCAGCAGAUCCGAUUUCUGAAGCCGGUCGGGUCCAGCAAGAACAAGAAUACUGGGAACAUGGCCUGAAUGCCAUGAUGGUCUUCCGUUAUCUUCGCACCCGCUUUACUCGUCGCGGAUAUAUGCCAAAUGAGAAAUAUACAUCAACACCCUCUCCCCGCAACACACAAGACGCUUCCCGACGCGCUGCUAUGAUUCGUCACCAUCAUCCCCUCGUCGCUCGGGCUCACUCCCGCUCGCAAGCCCAGACUCGUCGACCCCCUCAGCUCUCAGGCGUGACAGGUCCCGUGGGGGUCUCUUCCCCGUUGCUUCGACCUCAUCUUCGUCGACCGAGUUCCAGCUGCGCAAGUCAAAGUGCAAAGGUCUCGGCUAUUUCCAGCCGCCGAACCCUGACAGGAUCAAGUCGGAACUACUGGGACAUUGGUGGCAGUGUUGAUAGUAGCAGUGCGAUAGGAAUUGGUGUCGGAGCUGGGCUCGGUGCAUGGGGCGAGGCAUGA